AAUCUGUUUGCACUCAAGUAAAGGAAGGGCGAAAGACUAUCUCUAAAGAUGGUCAAACAAACGUUGUUGAUAUCAUGAAAUCUCAAGGACUAAAUUAAAAAUGACGAUUAGGAAUCACCCAUGUCGUGUGGUCCACCAAAGCCGGAAAUCCAAUGUGAACGCUGCUCUGGAGGACAUUCCUCCCUUGGAAAGGGAGGAGAAGAAGUCUGGGACAAGGGAAGCACCUGGAUGAGGUGUUCACCGCAAGAAAGGCCCAUGUUCUGGCGGACGCUCCCGUUUUGGUAGAGGUGGAAGCUGUAAUCGCAACUGUCGAAAUUCCUGCCUCGGAAGAAGGGGGAGGUGAACAGCGGGAUCAGACCGGAAAGUGGUGGACGACUCUCGGAGGAAGUCUCCACCGGAAGAAGGAAGCUCAUCCAAACCACCCAAGAGACAAAGAUCACCCGUUUUCGUUAAAACUCGCCGACUUCUCUGAGGAAGAGGAUACCAAAAUCGGUGACAAGUUUGCCGAGCUAAAAUUCAACAUUUCGAAAAUCAACCCAUGGUCAAACAAAAUCAAUGGCUUCCAAAGUCCGUGGACAAGGUGUCAUUUAUGGUGGAGUUUAAAGGCGAGGCCCCUCAAACCAAUGGGCUUUGGCAAAGCGGGUCCCAGCAAAGAGACCUCAUUGCGGUCGGUGAUGAGGAAACUUCAAAAGCAAUCAUCCAAAUGAUUGCCCAGACAAGUAUCAAACGACACCAAUUUUGGUAGCUAGAAUCGGGGUGAAUUCGGAGAAGACCGCAUCUACUGGAACACCAUCAAAGGCAGAGCAACACCCCUGGCUCAACCGAAAGUAGUCCUACGAUUAGGAAUCACCCAUGGCGUGUGGUCCACCAAAGCCGGAAAUCCAAUGUGAUCGCUGCUCUGGAGGACACUCCUCCCUUGGAAAGGGAGGAGAAGAAGUCUGGGACAGGGGAAGCACCUGGAUGAGGUGUUCACCGCAAGAAAGGCCCCUGUUCUGGCGGACGCUCCCGUUUUGGUAGAGGUGGAAGCUGUAAUCACAACUGUCGAAAUUCCUGCCUCGGAAGAAGGGGGAGGUGAACAGCGGGAUCAGACCGGAAAGUGGUGGCCGACUCUCGGAGGAAGUCUCCACCGGAAGAAGGAAGCUCAUCCAAACCACCCAAGAGACAAAGCUUACAUCGCCACUUCGGACUCUUGGCUGGACAUAAUGUCCGCUCUGCCUUGGGACGCUCUCACUGUCGAUUGUCCCCUAUAUUAUGACGAAGGCACGCGCAAGCACCCUUUCAUGGGAUUGACUCAAUUGUCCCUGGACAUGCAAGUUUGCCUCAAAAGGAUCGCCCAAGUCCAAAUACGCCGCUACACAGACAGGGCUAUCCAUCAAUUUUUGAAGAAGGUCCCUUUCUACCUCGACCAAGGACGCCGACGUUUCAAGUGCCACCGAGCCGUUGGCAAUGUCGAACCAUGUGAAACAUGUGAUCCUCCGUUUUUGCGACGAAGCUGGAGCUCCUGCGCAAUACCACCCCAUGAUCUCCAGCAUGAGCUACGACACCAUGGACAUCCCCGAGGACGCAAGGCGGGCUAUUUUGCGUUCAGACAUGAAGGCUUUCCCAGCUCAUACACCGUGGCACGAACGGGUGAAGUUAACCACCAUCGUGCUUCGCACUCCCCUGGACCUCAUCCCGCGGCUAGUGGAAGUGUAUGAGCCCCGCCCGCCACCAAGUCCUACUGCUAGCAUCCUCUGGCCUUAAGCAAAACCCACGAUUACUGUGUAUAUAAGUCUCACCGGUUCCAUGGUCUUCAUCAGUAUCCAUUUCAUGACCCUCGAAAGGAGACCGGCAACAUCCUUAAGGCCGUUGGAAUCUCUCCGAUCGCAGUCUUCUCAAUUAUGCGAGGACUCGCCUCCCUCCACCAUUCCUCGUUUCAAGGCCUUCUCUCACCCCCUGAUGCCUUAUGACAAGGUUUCCGCCUUUUGUCAGCGCCAUUCAAUGAGGCUUCCUGAACUCCGAACCCUGCACCAAGCGAUCGAAUUUCACGCUUUGCUCAAGACCUCAAAAAUUCGCCGUGCCGUUGCUGGCCUGAACUUUACUGGUGGAGACGCUAUCAUUUUUGCUUCCGACGGUUCGCGAGCUACUCAUACCGUGUUUCCAUCUGUAUGUCCCCAAAAUUCGAAAACUUUGUGGUCAGCAUACUACUACUGCUCUCUUCCAAAGUCAAACACGUUUCACUGGACCUACACUCUGUUCCAUAAUCAUCCGUUAUCCCCUUGCCCCCAUUCCAAUGUUGGAUCAAGCGCUCAAACUUAUCGCCCAGUUUGUGAAAUCCUUCAAUCUCUUCCGCCUCUGGCUUCAAAUCCUCAUCCCUUAUGCUCAGCUGUACUUAGGCAACAGAAUCGCGACAUUAUCAACAUUCGCUCGUCUUGGAUGUCUCUACCUGGUGGAAAUAAUCAUCUCCACUCCGUUGAUACUCGACUUAAGCGUUCUGUUCUCUCUGUGGACACAACUCUCCAAAGUUUUGGUCCAUUGGUUUCAACAAAUUUACCGUCUUUGCGUAACCUGGUCCAAUUUAGAGCUACUAUCUAUCGUACUGGUAAAACCAUCUAUGGAGCUUACAAAGCAAAUCACCUUCCGCGAAAAAUUUCCGGGCACCUCCGUUCCAUGGACAUUGCUUUUGAAAACUCUUUCAAUCGUUCCCUCAUUCCGACUUGAAAUACAUCUUUGGAGAUGGACCCAUCAGUCCCUGGUUGGCAAGACGCUCUUCAGCAAAACAUUGAUCAAUUUCAAGUGAUUUCUCGGUAUCUUCGAGAGCAAAUCGCCCACUGGCAACUGAUAUGUUCCCAAACUCGUCAGGGAGUUACUCCCCCUUCUCUUUUUACUUCUUUUGAUGUCUCUGACCUAAACCGCAUCCUAGCUCCUCGUCAUUUCACCAUUCUGUCACAGAUAACAGUAAUUAAUUCUACCCUCAUCCCAACUCCUACCGGAUACCAAGUCUUGUUUUCGGUUCCAAUUCAAUAUGUCCCCAAGGAAGGUAUUCUUUUCGAGUUGAUUCCUCUCCCUCGCCUUGAAAGUGAAGUAAUUGAGCCCGUGCCAUCUUACCGGUUUGUUAUUCUUCAACGGCACAUGUCCCGGUUGGUAUGCAUGACAUUAGCUGAAAUGUUAGCAUGUUCAGCAGACCCAUUCUCUUGUCAAACUUCAACUCCGUUUUUCUUCCCUUCUUUUGUCCCAAAAUGUGGUCCUCCCUCUCUCUUUGGCGAUCAGAAUGACUGCACUUAUCGAGUGGUUUCUCUCUCGCACUUCCCCCUAUUUCGUCGGUUCUCGGAUAUCAUAGUGUACAGUACUAAGCAAACUGAUGCUAUGCUCCUAUGUGAGGGCGAUAAUCGACCUCAAAUCCGCCUGCAGCUUACUGGAAUUGGACGUCUAGAGGUACAGGGUGUAAAGAAAUUAAGGGCCUCCAUGGCUGUUUUUCAUAACACUUCUCCCUGCUCAAAGAUUUUUUCGACAUUAAACCACACGCAUUCAUUAAGAGGAACUGUUAAGUACCUGGUGACAUAUUACAAAUGGUCUAACGAUAUCCUGGAGGCGAUGGGUAACCCUCUGAUAAAGUGCCGUCAAAACAAUGUCUGAAAAUUCAAGUGAGCGCAGUCUGAAGGUCAGAACCAAGGCUAAGGGCAUCAUGAAGGCCGGUAAAGACAAAGGAACGUUGGUGAGCCUUUCAGUGUUCAUCCUCAAACCAUUGGAAAGUGGAGACCCUCAUGGAAAUGCCAUAAAUCCUUUUUGAACAGACCGGGCCGACGACCGAAAUCUGGAUUUUCAAGACUCAAUCUUUAGGUGGCCAAACAUCAGAAGGUUACCAAUCUCCUUUGGAGUGAAAUCGGAUCAUUCGUGGUAUGGUGUUAGGUUUUUCAAUAAUCCUUUUUAAUGAAAACUGGAGAUUCAAUCUGACCAAAUCAUUCUUUGAGUUAGGUGGUAGGAUUUUCAGAAACGACAAAGAGCGGCCCUUAAUUUCUUUCCACCCUGUACACGGUGGUUGUAAAGUUCAACUUCCGUUUGGCUCCUUGUCCCCCGUUGGCAACUCAUUCGACAUGAAUGCAUCUUCCCUCACUCCUCGCAUCAUUUCUCACCUUCUGUUUUCGUCCCCUACUUUGACUAUACACUCCGCCUCCUCUUUCGUCAUGUCUUAAUACUAUGGCUAUGGCGGUUUUCUUGCCCUAUCCGUUUCAUUGUCAAUGGCUCUCACCUUCAUUUGUUGCUGGAUCUACAUUCGCUGUGGCAUGAUUCCAGAACUCCCUCUUCCUGAUUAUCCCGUGGCUGUUUAAAUUUCACCUCUGUCUCAUUCUCGUUACAGCAUCAUGACCUCUUUUUCCCUUCACAAGUCUGGCCGCGAAGUCUAUGUAUAUGGAGGGUUGUUGGAUUGUCCACGGGACCAUCAACCGAACACCCUGCAGGCACACGUCAAACGAGGGAUUAGCCAUUCAUAUUGACCCUGGUGAGGCGGCUGAACUUCUUUCCUCCCCUCAAAACGACCCGCCAUCUUCUACAGCUCCUCGACAAUCGCCACCUCCUCAUCCACAGACUCCUCCCAGGUGUCAGUCUCCUCCUAGAGACCCCACGGCCAAUCCCCCCCCCCAACGCCUAUGCCUUUACCAAAGGCGCCGCCUCCCCUUCCUCCCGCUAGACGGACUGUUCAACAAUCGACCCCCCACACCCAGCCCCCCUUUUUGGACACUACAACGAACAGUUAAACUUCAGAUAACUUAAGACUAUAACCAUAAGACUUAUCGCCCACAAACCCACCAACGGUCCCCUUCUGUGUCAAACACCAAUCACCCUUGCAUCACAUCAUCAGGUCACCCGGACUUCCGACAACACCACCCAUCCCGUUCAAAGACGCCACCCGUUAAACGAGGGCCCCCGCCACGCCGUCAUCAUCCCCAACCACCGUCAACAAGCCAUGCAAAACGUCCUCGUUUCCCACAAAACGCCCGUUUAUUUUCGCCUUCCCCUCCUCUUCCUCCUCUUCCUGACUUUUCAUUGAUGUCCAAAACUGACCUUAUUGCCCGGCUUCGUCAGUAUACUCGCCGCAGCCGGUCUCCCAAAUGACGAAACACCUUUACCUCUUCCCGUUUGAAGCUUCAAUACCAAGUACUUUGAAUAUUUCUGUAUAUAUCUCCAGUCUCAUGAUCUUAUCAAUUGUAACCAUCCCAUGUCCGCGUCAAAAAAGAAAAAAAAAACAACUUUCCUCUUGCGAUGCUAUUGUUCUUCUUUGUUUACAAGGUACAAGUUCCCCUUUUACCUUGUCACGAGGGCAUGUAUACGAACUACAGCAUCGCCAUGAGAAAGCCAAGCUAAAAGCAUGAUGCAACAAAAGGGACUCUGAAAGUCACGACCAAUUGCGACGGACAUGGGAUGGGCGCACUCAGCGCAACUAUCCUCUUCUCUGUACAUAAUACGAUGCUACUCCUGAAUACACAGCAGUCUACGACUUA